CAUAUGUUGUUCGUUCAGACAAGCGAAGUUGCUAUCGGAUCUCCGAUAAAAAUGGAAAAACAAGCAAUUAGCAACCUUGAUUUCAAAAAAAUAUUCAGCGACACUCUGAAUUCUAUGACUCUGAUCCCGUUAAUGAUCAGUGGAGGUCGAUCUAACGUGACUACAAGGUGUAACCAAAAUAUGACCCUUACCGAUAUGAGGGCACAGUAUGCCAGCAGGGUUCUGAGUAACAUCUUUGCUUAUAAAGACCUAAAUUCUGAAAUUGUCCUUACAUCCACGACAAACUGUGAUAGCAAGAAACUGAAUAACACUAUAACAUGUGUUGUGGGGCCUGUCAUCAACCCAGCUACCAAGAAAAAGGAUGUAACAACAUCUUUUCAAGAAUAUGUUAGGUUGAGAAAGCUGCGUGUGAAAUGCAGACACCCACCUGAAGGUGAAAACAUGUCUGAAGCAUGGAUAACUGAAGCUGUUGUCUGCUAUGAUUUCUUGCAUAAUGAUACCACUAAACCAAUGCAUGCUGUAGGUUUAGCUGCUGGUUUAGAAAAUGAUCCGCCAUUCAGAGAAGCUGUAAAAAUUUUAUACAACAGGAGUAGAGUUGCAUGCAUUCUUCAGAAAUUCGAUGAAGGAGUGGAUUGUUCUCUGUUCCCACCACUGCCUAGUCUAGAUAUGACCAAUUUCAAAUUGCUGAAGCAGAAGGCAGAAAUCGACAUUACCUCAAAGUACAUUGCCGGGUUUGUCCCGAUGCUGAACAAAUUUUCUGUUACUCGCAUCGCUAAGAUAACUGCCGAAUUAUGGCGAUUCUUGCUUUUUUUAUCGCAAGAUUAUUCACACUAUUACAGUUCUGUGCGCACUCUAUGUGAUGAGCACAACCGAUCGCACCCGACAAUGCACGCAAGAAUUUGGAUGCUGAAAGUCAUAUUAACAAUAUAUGAUGCAGCUUUCGCCUUUUUGAACUUGAAGCCGCUGGAAUACGUUUGAAUUAAAGUCAUGUUAAUGUUACAGUGCCAGUAAUCGAUAUCCUAGAGAAGGAACGCCUAUGCGUCGGAAAGGAGCAAACAUUGAAUUGUGUGUAUUGUUGAAUCGUCUGAUAGCCUCCGUGACUUCGGCCACUUGAAGUGGUCUCAUCGAAUUUGACCAUGUUGGCUGAAAAUACGGAAAUAUCGUUGUAUAAUA